AUGGGAAAUUUCUUCGAAACGAUUUCGAAGAAGAAAUUGAUCCCUUUAAUCUUUGCACUUAUUGGAUUUUCAAUAUUAGUGUUUGUGAUCGAAGAAUAUGUUGAAGAUAACGAUUACGAUGGGGAUUUUGCUCUAAAAGCCUCUUCAUUAACAAAUAAAGUUGAUUCUCCAGCACUUCCUACAGAAGAUUGCUAUAAAUAUGAACCAUUUAUUGUUCUCGACAAAUGCAUCGCUUGUACAGAUUUCGAGACGCAAGCUAUGAAAGCUAAGCAUUGCCAACAAACUGGUUUCUUCGAUCGUCUGAAUUGCACAAAGUCAAAGCACAUCGUGUUAAGGCCUUGUUUGAAGGUUGGUCAAACCUCUUCCUUCUAUAAAUUUGUCAUCAUCAAUGGUUUCAUCACCGCCAUUGCAUGGAUAUUUGCUUUAAAGAGAAGAGAAUAUCUAGAUACAAGAGCUUAUCAUCGAGUGCAACAACAAUUAACU